AUGUCGUCGCGCGGAAUUAAUAACACGGUGGUACCUAGCAAUACCAACCCCACCAUUUCAACUACAUCCCUUUCAAAGGUACCAAAAAUGCAAAAGAGCAAGACUUGUAAUGACCAAAAUCAGUUAUAUUGGAACGCAUUCCCAAGACUGAACGAAGUUACCACCACCAGUAGUAAAGACAACACCACCGCAAUUACCCCUCUUGCCAAUAAUCCAACCAAAACCAAACAUCAAUUUUUAGGAGAAGAUUUAAAUAUGAACAAGCAUAGAUUUAGCAAUUUAUCCACCACUUCGGUUGAUUCUACGAGUAGCAUUGGAAGCACUUGUACGUUUAAUAGCACGUCGUCGUCAAAGACGAUAAAUGGAUUAAACAACGGUGGCGUGGAUGGAAUAAAUAAGUUGAUUAAACCUAAUUCUACCUGGGAAAUUUCAAAUUUAAUGACUCCAUAUACCUUAAUUAAAUAUGAAAAGUUAUUGGGUGGUUAUGUCAUAUCUUGGAAUGGUAGAAUAUUUCUUUGGAAGAUUAAUAAUAAUACCGAUGAUACGGUUAAUAGACAACAAAAGAGAGCUUCUUUUAGAAAUUCUUUCCAUCUAAAGAAAAAUAAUAAUGCCUUCUCUAAUGGUUCUUUAAUACCUGAUAAUAAUGGUGAUAAACAAAGUGAAUUAUAUUGUGUCGAAGGAUUGAGCGGGAUAGGCGCAAGAAUAGCUGAAUUUGAAAACGAGACGAACUCUCUUUAUAUUAACAUAUCCAGUAAAAUCUUAGACGCUGAUUCAUAUAGUAGUAAAGGCAAGGAAGAGGAAUUAUUGACUUCGUUUGAAACCUUUAUCUUAAUUACUGGUUUAAUCGCAAAAAAUUCUGCUAAAAAAUUAUCCAAAACACAAAAAGAUAAUCCUAACGAUCGUUAUACCGAAACUCAUUUAUUUAAUUAUUCUCCUUUCUUUGUUUUCUGUGGUUUCUACAACUUAAUAAGGUACUAUUAA